AUGAAGAAAACGAUGCGGGCCUCGACCUGCCUUCGAGUCUAUCAGCUCCAUCACCCAUUUCUCCUGCUCCGCCGCCGCCAUGAACCCGUCGUAAAAAAAAAAACUGAAAAAUAUCAAAAUAAGCGGAUUGUAGCAGCUAGGGUUGCGAAACUCGUCAACCCUAGAUGGAGCAAAUUCCCGAUCUCCCUCGCGAUUGAAGCAUCCCUGGUGGCGAGCUUUUUUCAAUCGAGCUCCUCAAUACGCGUGAGCUGCAAUUGUCGAUUCCAAGCUAUGUGCCGUGGCGCCGCCAGUGCUCUCGCCGUGGAGAUUCCAACCUGGGAGCCUCUGGAGACGGCCGCCUGCUGCUGGCCGAUCUUUGUCCAGCCAUCAAACCCUAGGGGAGCGGUGGCGAUGUGGUGGCUAUGGUGGUGGAGCAAGACUGGAUCUUAA